CAAGAGUCCAUGUCGCCAAUCGAUCGUCAGCACGCGCCGAUUCAACCCGCGGAUCGAAGGAUACACAUUAUCGGGACAGGGAGUAUAGGAAAGCUCGUGGCGCAUGCUUUGAGAGGAAUCCCGGAUCCACCGCCAAUCACGCUGCUGUUUCAUCGGUAUAAAUUGUUGCAAGCGUGGAACAAGGGGAGGAAGGUGAUUACAGUGGCGGAUGGAGAGGCGGAGGUUCCGAGAGGAGGGUUUGAUGUUGAACUACGGCCUAUGGUUACUAGGCAGCAUGGGAUUGAGCUACAGCGGGGACAGAAUUCAGUCUGGGACAUGGCAGAUUCGACAGGCAUGCUGCCGCAUAAUGUGGCGGCGAUCGUGAAGCAACAGCAAGCUGGGCAGAAGGCUGCUGCGCAGGAGGAAACUUCUCGCCAGGAAGAGUCUGCACAGGAGCAGUCUAUCCAGGAAGCGCCAGCACAGGAAGAGCACGUUCAGGAGAUUUCAGCUGAAGAAGAUUCGGAGCCACAGCAGAUGGCUUCCGAGCCGAUCGACACCAAUCCACAGAGCAUUACCAUGAAUCCACGCGGAGCCGGGUUGCCAUACGUCAAGGACGACAUGAUCCACAAUCUGAUUGUCACGACCAAGACCGUGACGACCGUUGGGGCUCUAGCAUCGGUCAAACAUCGCUUGAAUCGGAACAGCACAAUCUGCUUUUUGCAAAAUGGAAUGGGCGUCAUCGACGUCGUCAAUGAGCAGGUCUUCCCCAACGAGGCCACCCGACCGACAUAUGUCCAAGGUGUAAUAAAUCACGGCGCGAACACUCCUCCCGAGAAAGCUGAAAGCGACCCUUUCUAUGUCAUCCACGCCGGCCACGGCACAAUCUCUCUUGCGAUUCUCCCUCGAGAGGAG